AUGCUCCAUCUAGUUCUUUACGUGAUUUGCAUACUAGCGGGGUCAAUAUAUGCCGCACCACCAAAAGAAGGCACUGACGUUGCAAAGCAGUUCAUGGUAACCAACUUGCCUGGACUUUCGAAAAUCGACGACAACUUCAAGCCACUCAUGUACGCGGGGCAACUAGAACUUUUUCCGGAAAACAACACCAACUACUUCUUUUGGAAAUUUGUAGAUGGUAAGAAAAAUGUCAAUUCAACAUCAUACAAACGCACAACCUUUUGGCUCAACGGUGGACCUGGGUGUUCAUCCAUGGACGGCGCAUUGCUAGAAUCUGGACCGUUUAGGAUAGACAAGUCGCAAAACGUGGUCAUGAACAAUGGGUCAUGGCAUAAAGCGAGUGACAUCGUAUAUGUGGAUCAGCCAGCAGGAACUGGUUUCAGUUACACUGACCAGGGAAAAUAUGUACAUGAGCUAUACGAUAUGGCAUUUUAUUUUAUCAAGUUUAUGGAAAAGUACUACGAAGUAUACCCUGAGGAGUUGGAUAACGAUAUAUACCUUGCUGGUGAGUCGUAUGCCGGUCAAUAUAUCCCGUACAUCGCCAAAGCAAUACUCGAGAGAAACACAAACUUGCAAGAAAAUCAGAAACAGUACAAACUAAAGGGAUUGCUCAUUGGAAAUGGCUGGGUGUCUCCUAACGAACAAAGCUUGGCGUAUAUGCCGUUCUUUUUGGAUAGAAAUUUGAUUACCAAGGACAAUCCAAUGUUUAUGAAAUUACUCGGACAACAAGAGCGUUGUCAAAGGAUUGUCGACGGAAUUGAUGCCCAUUUUGAUGACGAAGAGGUUAAUCCAGUCGAGGUAGACUCAUCUGAGUGUGAGAAUAUAUUGUCGCAGUUGUUGCUAGCAACGCAGGACAAUCUGGCUCAGCAUGAUCAACAAUGUAUCAACAUGUAUGACUAUAAAUUGAGGGACUCAUUUCCUUCAUGUGGAAUGAACUGGCCCUUUGAGUUAAAGUACGUCAAACCUUUCCUAAACAACGACGACAACAAACAUGAUUUGAAUCUAAAAAAAUUGAAAACUUGGAACGAGUGCAGUGGGAGAGUAAGCAGAAACUUUUAUGCUCGUGACUCCUUUCCUGCAGUUCAUUUACUUCCAGAUUUGCUUAAGAAAGUCCCUAUAGUCUUGUUCAAUGGGGAAAAUGAUAUAAUUUGCAACACCGAAGGAGUUUUGCUGUAUAUUUCCAAAUUGAAAUGGAACGGAAUCAAGGGUUUUGAAAAUGCUGAAGCAAAAUCAGACUGGCUACACGAUCAGAAGAAUGUUGGUUACAUGUUGCAGGAGAGAAACUUGACAUUUAUUAAUAUCUACAACUCGAGUCAUAUGGUUCCUUAUGACGUACCAGAUGUUUCUAGAGCUUUGAUUGACAUAAUUACGGGAAAUUUCGAUGAAAAAACAAUUGAUGACAAACCAACUGUGGUCACGUAUCCUUUGGGGGUGAAGCGACAAGGUAGUGUACAACAAGAUAAACCCGAAAAAACGCCGUCAUCAACAAGCUCCAUCGCUAGUUCCACUUCAACAGAGUCUAUACCAAAGAGUUCAUCCACAGCUACUUCUGCCGACGAGCCAACUAGUCAUAAAGUAACAAGACUCAUUCAAUUGGCCGUGGUGAUUAUAGUGCUUUGGGGGGUCUAUCUCUUGUAUGCAUCAUACAGGUCUCGACCUGUGUCAAUUAUUAAAAAACCUGCAGCAAGUGGUAGGAGGAAAAAUGUGCAAUGGGCAGAUCAAAUUCCUGAUGAAGAAGGUCCCGAGCACCAGGAAGGUUUUCUUGCAAAGACAUUUGGUAAGUUGACAAGCAAAAAUAAUGAUGGGUACUCGAGGGCCAAUACAGAGGACUAUAUUGAUGACAUAGAGCUCGGGGAGAAUGUUGGCGAUGCACAAUUGGAUGAUUUUAUCAUUGCUAGCGAUGAUGAAGGCGAGAAUGACCGAGCUGAAAGUGCAACUGAUGACGAGAGGCUGAAGAUCAAACCAGCGCAAGGAUCUGUAUAG